AUGUCCAGCCACAAACCCACCAAAAAAGGCCCCAAGCAUGUUCUAUCAAUGUCUGAAAUGCUCACAACUCAGAGGCCGUCGCCAUGUGGCACUGUGGCCGACACAAGUCUCAGUGAUACGGGCUCCCUGGACGCAAGCACAACUCCUGAAGCCUCUUCCCGCGCCAUCCUCCAGUCACUUGCAGAAGUGAAGGGAUACCUGGCAUCAGAAAUUAAGCACACAGCGGCAGAGAUGAAUGCCGAAAUUGCCACCAUCGGGGCCCGCACAACGGAAACGGAACACAGAGUGGCACGGAUGGUCACAGCACAAAAUGACACCACAAAACUUACCAAUACCCUCCAGCAAAAAAAAUCACAGACUUGGAGAUGA